AUGAAUGGUCAGGGGCACGGUGGGGAUGGUACGAAACACCGCCAUGUGGCUGGUACGAAAAGCCGCGAUGUGGAUGGUACAAAAAGCCGGGAUCUGAUUGUGGAUGGCCAGGACUACCCUAACGAUGAUGCCCUGGAUGGCCAGGGGAGCAGCUUAAUCACGUGUCACGACUCGUACGGAGCACUGAGUUUCGGUGGUUCAGCUGCGGAGAGCGUGGCGUCAACGAAGUAUGGACUCACCGAAGAACCGGAACCGGGGGCGCCCGAGCAAACGAAGCGUGUGCAAGGUGGGGCACUCAAAUGGGCUUUGAUGUUUGCACUGCGGUUCCUCGUCAUCGUGAUUCCGGUUUCUUUGUUGGCCCUCUUCUCCUUCUGGUCCAUGGGGACGGUCGUUGACCGAGCUGUGGCGUUUUCUGGUCGUGUUGGAGCCUCUACGGCCACGGAG